GUGAAAUAUUUGAUGUCAGCUACCAACGUCGUCAGUCUUUGCCGGCGCAGGUCUUUAAGUCUAAACAAUAUUUUUUGCAUAGUGUAUUAAAAUUAUAUGAAUAACUCCAAUUAGAACAAUAAAGAAAUCUUUUAAUAGACCUAAAAAUGAGCCCAACAAAUAAAAAUUAAUCAUCAUAGCCACAUUAACAAAAACAAGCAAUUAAAUUAUGUCGAAAAUAAACGAACCCAGCUCACCAGUGCAGAAGGUAUGGAAACCAGAAUUGUAUAAAAUACAAAUGGAAGCACCAACACCCAAACCACUACACUGCCACAAGCUUCUGGUGAACUCUUGUGAACAAGACGAAAAAAUACCCAAUUUUUACGGUACGGAAUAUCAUGGACGUAUGGGUCAUUUACAGGCUGAAGAAAUAUUAAAAAAUAAACCAGAUGGUACAUUUUUGUUGCGCCGUAGUCCCAGCGCUCAAGAUUAUUACACUUUGAGUUUACGUUUCAAUUGUAAGACAAAACAUUUUAAAAUUUACUAUAAAACUGGCAAGGGACAUUAUUUGCAAGAGCAAUCAACACAUUUCGAUACCAUACACGACUUGGUCGCUGACGGUUUGGUAAAGUUCUAUGUACAAUUGCAUGCCGCCUCAAUUCUGCAGGAGAUAAAUCAACCAAAUGGUAAUUGUUAUCAACAAAGUCCCUAUAUGACUUUAAAUCGCAGAAAACUAAGAGCACUUUCAAAUGAUUUACGCAAAUCUUUGAUAAAGCAAACAAAUUGCUCGGUUAAAGAUGAUGAUAAUUUGCCGUCAUCUGAAAACGCUAAUAUAACAAAUGAGUUAGAUGGUUGUUCACAGAGUGCUCCCGUAGCCAAGGACAAUACGGAGGAUGCCAUUUUACCGCUUGUUUAUGAAAAAGCUCAUGCUUUCAAGGUGCAUACUUUCAAAGGUCUUAACUGGUGUGAGGUGUGUGCCAAUUUCCUGUGGGGCUUCACAGCACAAGGUGUUAAAUGUGAAGAUUGUGGCAUAAUAGCCCAUAAUAAAUGUUCCGAGUUAGUGCCAGCUAAAUGUUUACCCGAUCUAAAACGUAUACGCGGCGUUUUUGGCACUGAUUUAACAAUAGUUGCUCAACUCUAUCAAUGUUCAAUUCCAUUUGUAGUUCGUCGCUGUGUGGAGGAAGUGGAAGCUCGUGGCAUGCUUCAGGAGGGCAUAUAUAGAGUUUCCGGCUUUGCUGACGAAAUCGAUGCUCUGAAGUUGGCACUCGACAGUGAUGGCGAAAAAACGAAUAUGUCUGAAUCGGCCUAUGGAAAUAUUAAUGUUAUAGCAGGGACCCUUAAAUUGUAUUUACGUUUGUUACCUGUACCAUUGAUUACUUUCCAGGCAUACCCGAAUUUUAUGGAAGCAGCACGUAAUAAUAAUCAAGAUGAACAAAUUAAACAAAUGAAAGAUGCUGUCAAGAAUCUCCCUUUAGCACAUUAUAAUUGUUUGAAAUUUAUGAUGGAACAUUUAAAAAGAGUCGCCUCACAUUAUGCCGUCAAUAAAAUGAAUGAACAUAAUUUGGCCACAGUUUUUGCCCCCACUUUAAUAGCCACGCCACAACAUCUUACCAAUUUAACCGAGGAAAUAUUUAUGCUUUCUUCAUUAAUAAUGAAUUGUUCACUUAUUUUUAACUGAAAUUAUUAUAUUAUUUUUAUUUAUGUGAUUGUGUAACACACAUCAAAACGAAUUUAAAGUAUAUUUAUGAAAAAUUUUAAUAUUUUUCAUUUUUUAAUUUAUACUUAGUAAUAAUCUUGCACCAAAGUAUUCUUUACAAGUCCCAGUUCUUCAUAAAAAUUCAUUAAAAAAAAGCCACACAACCUCCAUCCCUCCAUUGUUGUGACAAGAUCCCACCCCAAACACGUUUAACUCAAAGAGCAUUUAUUUGUACAAUCAACCUUUUGUACUUUUUUAUAUAAAAAUAAAUAUUAAAAAAAAAAAAUAAUAAUAAAAAAGUUUGUAUACAAAUAUGUUUGUAUAUAAAAUAA